CUCUUCCCCCUCCCUCCCCAUCGCCGCAACUUUUCUCUCGCAUGAGCUCCUCCGCACGGAUUUUGCCAUUCGGAUGUCGCCUUGUUUGGAACGGCGCACGGAGUCACUUUGAACCCCCCGGUGGCGCAGCGGCGGCGGCGGCGGCAGCUGCCUCGGUCUCUCCUCCUCUUCCUCUUCCUCCUCCUCCUCCUCCUCCUCCUCCUCCUCCAGUGCUAUGACAGGCAAACUCGUGGAGAAGCUGCCAGGGACCAUGAACGGUUUGAUGAGCCAGUUGCCUGAGAAUCUGUACCCGGAGGAGAUCCCCAACUCUCUCAACAUUUUCUCCGGCAACGGCGAGGCAACGGUGGCUCACUAUAAUAACCAGAUGGCGACAGAUAAUGUUAUGGAUAUUGGUUUAGCCAACGACAAGGUCGGCCAGGACUUGUCCUCCUACUCGGGCUCCUUCCAGCCCGCUCCUGGGGGCAACAAGACGGUGACCUACCUGGGCAAGUUCGCCUUCGACUCGCCGUCUAACUGGUGCCAAGACAACAUCAUCAGCCUGAUGAGCAGCGGCAUCCUGGGGGUGCCACCGCCCUCCUCCAGCGCCCAGGCCUCGACGGGCAGCAUGGUGCAAGUGCAAAGCCAAGCCGAAGUGGACGGCAUGUACCCUGCGCUCCCCCCUUACUCCACCUGCGGAGACCUUUACCCGGGAGAUCCGGUGUCUUUCCACGACCCGCAGGGCAACGCAGCCGGCUUGGCUUACCCCACGCAGGACUACCAAGGAGCUAAGCAGGCCAGCGGCCUGGAUGGCAACCUCUUCCCCAUGAUCCCGGACUACAAUCUCUACCACGGGCAUCCCAACGACCUGGGCAGCCUCCCCGAACACAAACCUUUCCAGAACCUGGAUCCCAUCCGCGUCAACCCGCCUCCCAUCACCCCACUGGAGACCAUCAAAGCCUUCAAGGACAAACAGAUCCACCCGGGCUUCGGCAGCCUCCAGCAGCAGCAGCAGCAGCCGCUCACCCUUAAGCCCAUCCGACCGCGCAAAUACCCCAACCGGCCCAGCAAGACCCCUCUCCACGAACGGCCUCACGCCUGCCCGGCCGAAGGCUGCGACCGGCGUUUCUCGCGUUCCGACGAGCUGACUCGACACCUGCGCAUCCACACGGGACACAAACCUUUCCAGUGCCGCAUUUGCAUGCGCAGCUUCAGCCGCAGCGACCACCUCACCACCCACAUCCGCACGCACACCGGCGAGAAGCCCUUCGCCUGCGAGUUCUGCGGGCGCAAGUUCGCGCGCAGCGACGAGCGCAAGAGGCACGCCAAAAUCCACCUCAAGCAGAAGGAGAAGAAAGCCGACAAGGGAUCCGCGGCUUCCACCACCGGGGGCCCUGGCAUCGGCGGGCCCUCCGGCUCGGCUGCGGUCUCUGCCCUGGCUCCCGUGGUCACCACUUGCGCGUGACGCUGCCCCCGCCGCCCCGACGACUCCCAGUGCCUCCCGAGCCAGGCUGCCUUUGGUUGCGACCUCGCGCAAAACCCGCGCAGCAGGAGCGGCUGCUGGCCAAGUCCUGCUCGGGCUCCCGUUUGAAAAGUGGGAUGGGGGGGUGGGGAGGGGCGUCCGCCUCGGCGCGCCCCGCUUCCAGUUCCCCCACCGGCCAGUUGAUGGUGGGAAGGGAGGCUUGGAACUUUCCGCCGGAUCGUCUUGAUCCUAUGCGGGCUCAGAAGGAGUUGUGGGAAGCGGCGGCUGCGCCACUUCUCUCAGAGGAAACUGCCGGAGGGAGGAGAGGUGGGGGAGAGAUGGGCGGAGGUGUCGGAGCUGGGUUUGGAUCUGGCUGACACGUGUAAAUGAGAGGCCCGCGAGUUUGGAUACGGGGCCCACCUGGAUUCUUUCAGCCCCCCUCCCCCUCCUCCUUCCCCCCCCCUCUCAGCGUUCCCUCUUUCUUCUCCCUCUAUAGAGAGGGGCACCAAAGCGCAGUGCCUGCAUGGGGUGUGCGUGGAAGUUUGUGCGUGGGUGUGUGUGCCUCGGCCCCUUGAGCUGAACUGGACUGUUGGCACCCUUAGAAUUAAUCCUGCCCCCCCUUUCCCCCACUUUAUCUUCUCCCCCGGCCCAAUAACUCAAGAGUAGCUUUUGCAUCCAAAAAAAAUCUGGCUGGAUCCUUACAAAAAAUGCACAGGACUAGGAAGUGGGGGGGGGGGCUUGGCUGGCUUCUUUCCUCUUGUCUCUCUCGACCCUUUGGGUUAGCUGCCUGCCGAUCUGCUUGGCCUUCCUAGGCAGCGCCUUGCUGGCCUUUGCCACUGCUAUUUGGGGGGUUCAGCUCCAGUUCUUCUUGGUUUCUAAAGAGUACCCCCCCUUUUUUUUCUGGUUCUCCAAAGCUGCUCUCCUCUGCUUUUCUCCUCUCCCCUCCCCUCCCUUCCCCUACCCCCCCCCACACCUCAGCUUCACAUGUAAGCUCCUGACCCAGGUCAAAGCAAAAGCCCAAACAGCAGCAGCCCCCUUCCCCUGGCUGUCCUGUUUUCUGACCCUCCACUGCCCUCUCCACCUGGGGGAAUGGCUGAAAUGGCCGGCCAUCCUCUUCUUCCUCUUCUUCCUCCUCCUCCUCCUCCUCACAUUGGGGUCCUUUAGUUAGCAGUUGGGCAUUGUGUGACCUAAAACCUUUGGGGGUGGGGCAGUGGUGGGCUUCAAGUAAUUUAACAACCGGUUCUCUGCCCUAAUGAUUUCUUCCAACAACCGGUUUGCCAAACUGCUCAGAAAGUUAACCGGUUCUCCCCAAAGUGGUGCGAACCGGCUGAAUUCCACCACUGGAUAGAUAGAUAGAUCGAACUGGCUGAAUCCCACCACGGGGGUGGGGGGAGAGAAUAGUUGAGCUACUCCAAACUGUAAAUUCUCCAAGGGAGGAGAAGCCCAGAGACAAGAACUGAUGUAAGGCUCUUUUGGAUGAUCAGGCCAAUCCACAUACCCCCCCACUCCCUCCCUCAGGUCACUCACUCACUGAUGGUACCCAUGAAUGUAGUGGCUGGAGAGAGCCCCCUACCCCCAAAAAAAUGGAAUUGGGAGGGGGAGGGCUUCUCUCAACUUCCCUCUACCUUGAAUGUAUUCCUGAUCCCCUUCUCCUUCUUCAUUUUCCUCCUGGGACUUGGAGGUCCAGAGAGGGAAAUGCGAUGAUCCAUUGGGUGGAGUGACUUAUUUUGAGAGUCACUUUAUGCACUCCGGUACCCUUCCGUUCCUUUUUCAAAGAAGUGUGUGCGUGCAUGUGAGUGUGAGAGUGUGUGUGUGUGUAAUGCAUGUGUUCAAUGCAACUAUGAAAGUGUUUAAAUCACCCUUACAAUUUGAUGGGGGAGGGGAAGGGCAUAGAUUAGCUAUUUCCAGAUCCUUCUAGCUCUCCCUGGAAAUGCUCAUUUUAAGAAAAAGAGGGCUACUCUGUAAGAAUUUGGGGUGGCAUUUUUUUAAGGGGGAGGAAAAAAAACCCCAUUGUUUUCAAAAAUGCAGGAAAAAAAAAAAACAACCAGUGUUUUAAUGCGUACUUUUUAUAAUGUUAUUUUUGGGAGGGUUUUGUUCUGUUUGGGGAUCAUUUAAAUUGAAGGGGAGAGAAGUUUUGUCUUUUCCCCCCUCUUCUUCCGGUACGUGCAUGUCAUUGCAUGUCUUUGCUCUCUCUUUUUUUUUUCUCCUUUUCCUUUUGUUUGUUUUAAUAAAAAUGCUCAGAUAUUUAAGCAAAACAAUGAUAAUUAUUAUUAAAAAAAAAAAAACUUGUUGCCAAAAGGUUGUGUUUUAUUCAGGUUUGAUGUCUGCAUGUUUUAAAAAAAAAGAAAACUACAUCAAAAACAUUUCUCAGAGAGAAAAAUGCAGUCUAAUUUAUGUGAAACUGAAAGAAACAAAAAAAAUCAGGUUUAACUACAAAAAUCUUAAGGGAAUGCUAUUUUUUUGGAAGACUUUUGUAUAAAGUUGAGUACUUAAAGGGGAAAAAGACAAACCAGAUGUAAUAUAUUUUGUGGAUGUUUUUAUUUCUUGAAUUUAUAGUACCUUAUACUAAGGUUAAAAUGCUUGAUAUUGUGGGGGGGAGGGAAAGUGAUAAUUUUCACACACACAUUUCAUUUGCUCAGUUGUCAUAUUGUAAUGCAAAUAUGAUGGUUAAUGCAGACAGCAUUUUAAAGGGGGGAAAAAUCAGAAUUAUUGAACAGAUGUAUUGUUGUACCCUUUGCACUGUGAGCAAAUGCUAAUGCAGUAAAUAUAUUGUGUUUGCUGACAAUCAAA